AUGAUCUCAGUCAGUGCACCAGGAAAGGUUUUAUUAGCAGGUGGAUAUCUAGUAUUAGAUCCUGCAUAUUCUGGUGUAGUAGUCAGCACAGAUGCACGUUUCUAUUCCUUAGUUAAACCGACAAAUGGUACGACAACUACAGUGAACUCACCACAAUUUGGCAGUAGCUGGGAAUACAAUAGCGCAAUGGAGCAACUUAAUGAGUGCCCCUUAUCACAUCUAAAUCACUACAGUGGACCAAUCAACGACUUUGUACAACUUGCGUUAACAGAAGUUUCUAAGCUCAUUUCUAAGCGUGGAAUAACACCAAAAGGAUUAUCAAUAACUAUAUCAGGCGAUAAUGACUUUUACUCACAACGUGCGUACCUCAAUUCAUGCAAUUUGGACGCUACGGUUGAGAACUUAAAGAAAGUACCAAAACUGAAUAGCGAUUUAAAACAAAUAAGCAAAACUGGGUUGGGGAGCAGCGCAGCUUUGAUUACAUCCCUUGUUGGAGCAUUACUCGCGUUUUAUGGCUUAAUUUCACGCGAUAUCAACCAAAACGAUCUAAAAUUAGUACAUAACCUAGCACAAUAUAUCCAUUGUCGUGCUCAAGGCAAGGUUGGAUCAGGAUUUGACGUAUCUGCGGCCACUUUCGGUAGUCAAGUUUACUCACGCUUUGAUCCGGAAAUCAUUAAGGAUGUAAUGGACAGCCCGACAACUGGAGAGAUCGUUGAUGCUGUGAUUAGCAAAGAAUGGGAUAACAAUGUCGAAAAAGUUGGUCUUCCGUAUGGCAUUUCAAUCCAACUUGCCGAUAUCGAACAUGGCUCGCACACACCUAGCCUUGUUAAGAAGGUUCAUGCCUGGAAAGCGGCCAAACCAGAUGAGGCUAAGGAGCUCUAUGCUGCUUUAAACAACAGCAACCAAGGAUUAGUGAAGGUUCUCAAGGCUCUCAAUGAGUCACAUAAAACAAAAAGGGAGGCUUACGAGCACGCUUUGGAUACUCUCUCCACAUUGAUACCCCAGAAGUGGCAGGAAAAUAUACCAGCAAAUGACGUGAUUGCCCAAUUUGAUGAGUUGAGAAUGGUGUUGAAGUCCAUCCGUAAGCUCUUCAGAGAACUCUCAGAUAAGGCAGGUGUACCAAUAGAACCUGAAGAGCAAACAAGGUUGCUUGAUGCCUGCUCAAAAAUUGAAGGUGUCAUAGGUGGUGGUGUACCAGGAGCUGGUGGGUAUGAUGCGAUAUACAUACUCACAAUAUCAAGAAUGGCCAAUCAAUCACAUGCACAGACUCAGGUACACAAGACAUGGCUCGAAUGGACGGAGUUAAGUGUGAGCCCGCUGGUAUGCGGAGAAGGUUUCGAAGGUUUGAGACUCGAGAACGCUGAAGAAAUCAGCCGGGCAAUGGGUAUAGAAUGA